GCGGAGCCUGGGAGAAGCGGGCCGGGCCCGGGCUGGCAGCAGCAGCAGCAGCGGCGCCCAUGGGCGAGAAGCGGGUGCUGUGCGUGGGGCUGGUGUGCCUCGACAUCAUCAGCGUCGUGGAGCGGUACCCGGCCGAGGACUCGGACACCAGGUGCCUGUCGCAGCGAUGGCAGCGCGGGGGCAACGCUUCCAACACCUGCACCGUCCUGGCCCUGCUGGGCGCCCCCUGCGCCUUCAUGGGCUCCCUGGCGCCCGGCCACGCCGCAGACUUCGUCCGUGAGGAUUUCCAGCGCUACGAGGUGGACCUCGCCCACAUGGUGCCGCGCCCGGCGUGCGCCCUGCCCACCUCCACGGUGAUCAGCAACUCCACGACGGGCACCCGGACCAUCCUGCACGCUGCAAGAUUCAUCCUCUCCGACUUCCGCCGCCGCAACGUGGAUGUCUCCCACCUGGUGAGGCACAGCCGGGGGGACAUGCCCUGCGCCUGCUGCCUCCUCAACUGCCGCAACGGCUCUCGGACGGUCACCCUCUAUGACACCAACCUGCCAGAAGUGACGGCUGCCGACUUUGAGCAGGUCAACCUGUCUCAAUACAAGUGGAUCCACUGGGAGGGCAGGAAUGCCUCUGAGCAGGUGAAGAUGAUCCAACGGGUGGAGGCGCAUAACAGGACCUGCCCGCCGUCCGACCGAGUGACCACAUCCAUGGAGGUGGAGAAGACGCGGCCAGAGCUGUACCAGCUCUUUGGCUACGGAGACGUGGUCUUUGUCAGCAAGGACGUGGCCAAGGCGUGGGGCUUCUCCUCAGCCGCUGAAGCUGUCAAGGGGUUCCGCAGACACCUGAAGCCGGGAGCCACCUUGGUCUGUGCCUGGGCUGAGGAGGGGGCUGACGCGAUGGGACCGGACGGGAUCCUGGUGCACUCGGACGCCUUCUCCCCCGAGGUGAUCGUGGACACCUUGGGAGCUGGGGACACCUUCAACGCAGCCGUGAUCCUGGCCCUCAGCAGGGGGAGGCCCCUGGCCGAAGCAAUCACCUACGGGUGUCAGGUGGCCGGCCGGAAGUGCGGGGUGCAUGGCUACGAUGGGAUCGUGUGAGCUGAACGCCGCAAGCCGUGUCUGCCCACCUGUCUGGGGACCUUCACCACACCAUGGACCAAAAUCACACAAGCCCCCCGAGCCUGUUCUUCGGCACUCAGUGAGGAACAACUGUGCUGCUUCUGUGAAAGGUCCCAAAGGGCUGGGCAGCCAAAGCAGGUUCUCGGCUCUGCCCAUACCGCCCUGGUUGGGCCUGCAUCUGGAGAGAGGGAGAGACUUGCCCACGUUGCCUCUUUGCAAAGGCAGAUCAAUAAAACGCUUGGACCAGUGGCCUCUGUGUGGAAGCCCCAC